AAAUCACGAAGCGCGCUCCGCGGUCCGCUCGGCUCGGCGUGCUCGAACUGAUAAUAAAACACUCGUGUUUUAUAAUAUCCAGUGAUAAUGGCAGAAACGGCAGAUUUAAAUAAGAAGGCGAAUGACAACCGGCUGAGACCUGCGAUCCGCAGCCACCAACGUACCCCCUCCGGCUCUCGCGACUUUAAAGAGGCCACAAAACGAGACGCCCUCGCACGAGUGGAAGUGGAACUUGAGAGGUUACUGGCAACAUUACCCGAGGCCCGCAAACCGCUGGUCACUAAGGAGUUCCAGGGGUUUAAGAAUCUCUUCAGCCGGUUCCUUGCUGAGCAGGGCCCAUCAGUAACAUGGGAAAAGAUCGAGAAACUCCCAGAGGGCGCGGUCAUCGACUACGGCUCCCUCGAGACCCCGACCACAGACAAUAUCCACCACAUGUUAGACAAACUUGUGGUGGUCAAGCUGAAUGGUGGUCUGGGGACCUCCAUGGGUUGCAAGGGGCCCAAGUCUGUCAUACAAGUUAGGAAUGAGUUGACCUUCCUGGAUUUGACUGUGCAGCAGAUUGAGCACCUGAACAAAACCUAUAAAUGCAACGUACCCCUCGUCCUAAUGAACUCAUUCAACACCGAUGAAGACACCCAAAAGGUCAUCCGCAAAUACAAGGGCUUGAAGCUGGACAUACACACAUUCAACCAGUCUUGCCAUCCGCGUAUUAACCGGGAAUCUCUGCUGCCUGUGGCGAAGGAUGGACACGUUCAUAAUGAUAUUGAAGCCUGGUACCCACCCGGUCACGGCGAUUUCUACGAGUCUUUCCACAAUUCCGGCCUCCUCCAGAAGUUCAUCAAAGAAGGCCGCACCUACUGCUUCAUCAGUAAUAUUGACAAUCUGGGCGCCACUGUCGACCUCAACAUCCUCAACUUGCUCCUCAACCCAAAUCAUCAACAGCCUGUCAACGAGUUCGUUAUGGAGGUUACUGACAAAACCAGAGCGGACGUCAAGGGAGGCACCCUCAUCCAAUACGAGGACAAACUCCGCCUCCUCGAAAUCGCCCAAGUACCCAAAGAACACGUCGACGACUUCAAAUCCGUCAGCCAGUUCAAAUUCUUCAACACCAACAAUUUAUGGGCCAAACUCGACGCCAUACAAAGAGUCGUCGAACAAGGCUCUUUAAACAUGGAAAUAAUUGUUAAUAACAAGCAUUUAGGCGAUGGUUUGAACGUUAUCCAACUCGAAACUGCUGUAGGUGCAGCCAUGAAAUGCUUCGAAGGAGGCAUAGGCGUGAACGUACCUAGAUCUAGAUUUUUACCUGUGAAAAAGACCUCAGAUUUGCUGCUAGUCAUGUCUAACUUAUACAGCCUUUCGCAUGGAUCUUUAGUUAUGUCUGAGCAAAGGAUGUUCCCCUCUACGCCGCUUGUGAAGUUGGGAGACAACCAUUUUGCGAAAGUGAAGGAGUUUUUGAACAGGUUCGCGACGAUACCGGAUCUGAUUGAGUUGGAUCAUUUGACGGUGUCUGGGGACGUUACGUUUGGAAGAGGAGUUUCUUUGAAGGGCACGGUGAUCAUCAUAGCUAACCACGGCGACCGAAUCGAUAUACCAUCGGGCGCUGUUCUUGAGAACAAGAUCGUCUCUGGCAACCUUCGCAUCCUGGACCACUAAUCGCACAUAGGGCACCUUCUUUCCGAAACCAGAGACCAGUUAACGAUAUAAACUACCUCUUGCCAGUAUCGAUAUUCUGGAAAACAAAAUCAACGUCGACAAUCUGCGGUUACUAAACCAGUAACUAUUCAUAUUUCUGCAACACUACAGACCAGAAGAACAGUAACAUGGAGUAUCAAGCCUUAAGGUACGAGUACGUCUAGAUAUGGCGAAUGUGCUGCGAACGCCUCACCAAGGUUCACUAAUUGUUUGCAUUACAGAUGUAGUGCACAAUUGUUAUCCAUAGUAUUUUCUCGGAAACGUUUGUAUUUGUCGUCCUACUUCAGUCAACCUAAGGACUUUUUGUACCGAGAAUGACUGAAAUAGCAAGACACGUUCGUACGUUUCCGUGAAAAUAAUUAUGCACUACCAUCUGUACGUAGUACCCGUAGUACGUAGUACCCGUAGUACGUAGUAGUCGCGUUAGCGGGCGUAUUCGUCAGAUCUGGACGCACUUUUAACUUUGUCGACCAUUUAUUUUAUAACGUCAGUACAUACUUAAUGCAAGUAAGGAUAAUACCGCGUGUUAUUUCAAACGUUUGUUAGGUAUAAUCAUUUUAUAUUGUACGAUGUUUUAACCGAAUAAGAACUUUUUUAUAUGUACAAUAUCCAUUUGGUGUGCUUAUAAAUAAUACUUCCAAAAGUGGUAGAUAUACCUACGUUUCUUUAGUCUCGACACCUCGACAGUAUAUAUGUUAACACGGUCUUAUCUCUUAUAGUAACAUAUUCCACAUAACAAUUUAUCUGUUAGAGAUUAUCUAAGAUCUUUAAAUACGAAGUACGUCAUGUUUACAACUAGUCUAUAUAGGUAACUAACUGCGAAAUCAUGUAGAUUCUGAAUUAUGUUAAGUGUUAAGUAUUUAUCAGGUAUUUAUAUUAUAUUAUGUCAAUUAUUUGCACGAAUUCUUUCUAAUAUUUGCUCAAUAAAACGGAAUUUUGCAAGUUAGAUUAGUAUUUGAUUAUGUAGGUACCCCAUAUUUAUGCUGACAUAAAUAGUUCUUAUAGAUAUAAUUUCAGACAAGAUAUUGCUGCUUUUUAUUGAUCAGUCAAUGAAAAAUCCAGGAUACCUUAUGUUGUAGACUCUACAAUGUAGAGAAUAAAUAAGAUACUUUUUUGUAGUUUAUCUUUAUUUAAAAGUCGAUCUAAUCGCAUUAUAUUCUAAGCUUGCAUAAUAUCCAAUAUGUAUUAUAGUUAUUGUAAAUUGCCAAAAAUAAAUUUAUUUUGCACGUUUUUAUUUGCAUUGUCUAUUUUUAAGAUUUUAAUCACAAUCGUUUUAAACUAAUGCUGUAUUUAUAGCUUGUGGAACGGGCCAGCAAUGUUAUUAUGUUAUUUUAUUUUUCUACUUAUUUGUAGAUUAGAGCUGUAUUUGAUAUUAGCAUUGUGUCAUGAUUGUCAUGAAUUGUUCAAUUGUUGUAGUAAACUGUUGAAAAAAAUUUUCGUUUAAUAUUUCCUUCUGAUAGACUUUCUAGCUCCUUCUGAUAGGUCACUAGAUGGCGUUAUAUUUAAGUGGAUGUCAAAACGAGAAACAUUACAACUAGAGAUGUAUUGUCGUUAUUAUGAUACUUGUCUCUGAUAUAAUGUGGGAUGGGUAUGUUAGUAAAAUAAAGCUUAAAAAUAUAAA